GGGGCGGUGGGGGUGCCCCGGUGGCGGCUCUGACAGCGGAGCGGUCUCCCAGUGGGUGGUGGAGGUAAUACCGACCGCCCCCGGCCCGGCCAUGUCGGAGCCCGGUACCACCGCCACCAGUGACAAAGCGCUCCGGCUCCAGGAGAGAGUCCUGGCCGGGGUGCGCUGGGGUCGUCUCCUCGAGCCCCUGGGCUUCAUCAAGGUGCUGGAAUGGCUCUUUGCCAUCUUCGCCUUCGGGGCCUGCGGCUCCUUCAGCGGCGAGACCGGAGCGACGGUGAGGUGUGAAGGCGACGCCCCGGAGAUGAGUGCCAUCGCCGUGCAGUUCGGGUACCCCUUCAGGUUGUAUCAGAUCCCCUUCUCGGCGCCGGACUGCGCGGGGGAGUCGCAGACCCUGCACCUCGUGGGGGACUUCUCCGCCCCUGCCGAGUUCUUCGUGACCCUGGGGGUCUUCUCCUUCCUCUACGCCAUGGUGGCCUUGGUGCUCUACCUGCGCUUCCAUUCCCUCUACAGCGAGAACAAGAAGCUGCCCUUCGCGGAUUUCUGCGUCACCCUCUGCUUCGCCUUCCUCUGGCUGGUGGCGGCGGCGGCCUGGGGCAAGGGGCUGAGCGACGUCAAGGCGGCCACUCGCCCCUCCAGCCUGCUGGCCGCCAUGGCGGUGUGCCAGGGCCCCGACGUCACCUGCAGCGCGGGCACCACGCCCGCCAUGGGGCUGGCCAACAUCUCCGUGCUCUUCGGCUUCCUCAACUUCCUGCUGUGGGCUGGGAACUGCUGGUUCGUGCUGCAGGAGACCCAGUGGCGGGCGCAGGCGGCACCCCAGGGCCCCGACGCCGCCGAGCAGGGUGCCGUCGACAAGCAGUAG